AUCAUCUCCAGGUUCGAACCCCGGCAGCGGAGUUUUUUUUUUUUGCCCUCAAAUUUUUAGUUUUUCCAUGGCAGUUUAUGAACUGCAUCUUCUUUUCUUCAAACUUGUAAACUGUCCCGAAUGCUGAACGGAUCAUCAUCUCCGGCGUCUCUUCUUCUCCGACGGAAUUCCAUUUUGAGCUCCAUCCUCGACCACUGCAAGUCGAUGCGAGAUCUAAACCAGAUUCAUGGACUCGUCAUCGCCUCCGGCCUCUCUCAAGACAGCCUCAUCGUCUCCAAAAUCCUCUCUUUCUCUGCGGUUUCUGACUCCGGAGACCCCAAUUACUCCUCCCGCGUCCUGUUCUCCCUCGUCACCCCAAGAAUCUUCCACUGGAACGCAGUCAUCAGAGGGUACUCCAAGAGCAGAAACCCCAACGGGUCCGUCUCCGUUUUCAUCAGAAUGUUGAGAUCUGGAGCUUUUCCUGACUACUUGACCUACCCAUUUCUUGCGAAGGCCUGCUCUCGCCUUAUGAAUCCGGAAUUGGGCUGCUCUGUUCAUGGGCAAAUUGUGAGGAAUGGGUUUGAGGUUGAUGGGUUUGUUUCGAAUUCUUUGAUUCAUAUGUACGCUUCAUUUGGAGAUUUUGUGCUUGCCCGGAAGGUGUUCGACGGAAUGCCUCUGAAGAAUCCGGUUUCUUGGAAUUCCAUGGUGGAUGGGUAUGCGAAAUGUGGGGAGCUGGGAUCGGCACGCCAGCUGUUUGAUUCAAUGCCGCGGAGAGAUGUCUUGUCCUGGAGCUGUUUGAUUGAUGGGUACGUCAAGAACGGGGAUUACCGAGGUGCUAUGGCUGUUUUUGAUCAAAUGGGUCGCUCCGGCGUGAAGCCGAACGAGGUCACCAUGGUGAGUGUGUUGUGUGCUUGUUCUCACCUAGGCGCGCUUGACAAAGGAAGAACGUUGCACCAAUGUGUGGUCGACAACAACUUGCCAUUGACAAUCAUCCUACGCACCUCCCUCGUCGACAUGUAUGCCAAAUGCGGGGCAAUCAAUGAGGCGUUCGACAUGUUUCGUCGCGUUCCUGUCGAAACCUCCGACGUUCUUCUUUGGAACGCCAUGAUCCGAGGGCUCGCGACGCACGGAUUGGUCAAAGAGUCACUUGAUUUGUUCAAAGAAAUGAAAUCGAGCAAUCAAAUCAGGCCAGACGAGAUAACGUAUCUGAGCCUAUUGCACGCUUGUGCACACGGCGGGCUAGUAAGCGAAGCUUGGCACUUCUUUGAGUGCCUCAAGGAACAAGGCAUGGUUCCCAAGAUUGAGCACUUCGCUUGCAUGGUGGACGUUAUGGCCCGCGCCGGUCAAACAACGGAAGCGUACCAUUUCCUAUGCCAAAUGCCCAUAGAGCCAACGCCUUCCAUGUUGGGGGCACUAAUGAAUGGGUGUAUGAACCACGGGAAGCUAGAGCUCGCGAAAAUGGUCGGGAGAAGGCUCGUUGAGAUGGACCCGAACCAUGAUGGUAGGUACGUGGGCUUGGCGAAUGUUUAUGCCACCGAUCAACGGUGGGGCGAAGCCAAAAGCACAAGACAAAGGAUGGAGAGGGUGGGGGUGAGGAAGUGUCCUGGUUUUAGCUUGGUUGAGGUUGAUCAAGCUCUUCAUAGAUUCAUUGCACAUGAUAAAUCACAUCCUAGUUAUGAGGUUAUAUGUAUGAUGUUGAGUUUUCUUGGUAGCCAAAUGAGACCCCAUGAAAAUCAACACUUUUUAUUGUUUGUAUGAUAAUGCUAUUUAUCAUACAUUUAUAGAUUAUUUUCGAAAAUGAGUUACGUGCACCGUUUACCCCGUACUCUUUAAAAAUUGCAUGUUUUUUCCCCUGAACUUUAAAAAGUGCACCGAUUGCCCUUGAACUCUUCGAAAAUUGCACGAUUUACCCCAGCACACUAAAAAAUGCACCAAAUACCCUUGAACAAAUUAGAACGUUGCAU